CAGUACGGUGUUGCACUCUCGCGGUCGGGUGGUUUAGGAAGCGCAACAUAUCCAUCCCGGCCAAGGGCAACACGUUUGUGUGUGUGUGUGUGUGCGUGUGGGGAGAAUUCUAACCACGAUCAAAUCAUCCCACAACCCCGCCUGACGACAAGACGCUCCGGAGCGGCUGUGUCGAUAAAUUCGCCAGCACCGCAGUAACUCGAGGCGGGCCACUUGUGGCCGCAUGGUCAUCCGCUUGCGUACACAUUGCCAACGGGCGAAACACACAGCCACACAUUGUAGUCGCCACAAGUACGGCUGCGCACGAGAGCAUGAGCAGCAGGCGGCAGGACACUCUCGCUCGAUCACCCUCAUGUCCCGCAACUUCGACCAAACACCGACAGGGUCCGACGCGCGGUGUCUCCAUGGUCGCGCAAAAAUAUGCGCGCGCGCGCGCUCCGGUACGGGAAUGCCGUUGGGGCAAGCUUCAGUCCAAAGCCGCGACUCGACCCGAACGGACUCGCUCUCGGUAUCGAUCCCACACACAUCUCGGCAGACAGACACACCCUUCCUUCCACGUGCCACCCUCCGACUGGUCCUGUCCGCCCAACAGACACAUCCGCGGGCCAAUUUAGUAACGACACAAAACAAAAUCCCCAAAAUUGGUACCAUCAGCCUGUGUGUGCAAGUGAACGUGUGUUUCUGUGUGCGCGCGUGUAUGUGUGUGUGAUAAUUUCCGAAUUUCGGGUUCUCCAUCAUUACCUUCUUCCCGGGGUCAUCCACCAAAUUGCAAUCGCGUCCCGUAUCGUCCGAUCAGUUUCGGCAUUCCUUUUUCGCUGUUUCGCGUUCGUUCGUCCGUUGAUUUAUCGACCGCGGCCAACCAUAAGGACGUCGCCCCGGCAAGCUCGCUAAUCAUUGCACUGCACAGGCUUCUCGGGCAAGGAUGCUGCUACGCAAAGCGACGGCCGCACUCGGUGGAUGCUUGCGCCAGCAACUACCACGUGAUGUGGUGGUGCCGCUAGCGACCGCACACCAGCACCAACGUCGAUGGCUAUCGAACGGUGGACGAAAAACGCAUCCCAAAAUUCUCAUCACAGGUGGACUCGGACAGCUUGGGGUGGAGUGUGCGAAGCUGCUGCGCAGCCAGUACGGCGAGGAGAGUGUCAUCCUGUCCGACAUCAUCAAGCCGAGCAGCGAGAUCGUCAACAGUGGGCCGUACAUCUUUGCCGACAUUCUCGACUUCAAGGGGCUGCAGAAGAUCGUGGUCGAUCAUCGCGUCGACUGGAUCAUCCACUUUUCCGCGCUGCUCAGCGCGAUCGGCGAGCAGAACGUGCCGCUCGCGGUGCGCGUCAACAUCGAGGGCAUGCACAAUGUGCUCGAGCUGGCCAAACAGUACAAGAUGCGCAUCUUCGUGCCGAGCACGAUCGGUGCGUUUGGCCCGGACAGCCCACGCAACCCGACGCCCAACGUGACGAUCCAGCGGCCGCGCACGAUCUACGGCGUGUCGAAGGUGCACGCGGAGCUGAUGGGCGAGUACUACCAUCACAAGUUCGGGCUGGACUUCCGCUGCCUACGGUUUCCGGGUGUGAUCUCCAGCGAUCCACCCGGCGGUGGCACUACCGAUUACGCCGUGGCCGUGUUCUUCGAGGGAUUGAAGACGGGCAAGUAUCAGUGCUACCUGAAGCCCGACACCCGUCUGCCCAUGAUGUACAUCGAGGAUUGUUUGCGCUCGCUGCUCGAGUUCAUGACCGCACCGGAGGAGAAGCUACAGCGCCGAGUGUACAACGUAACUGCCAUGUCUUUCACGCCCGAGGAGCUGGUGGAGAAGCUGGCCAAGUAUAUUCCCGAGCUGCACGUAAGCUAUCGGCCCGACAGCCGACAGCUCAUUGCCGACUCGUGGCCACAGAUCUUCGAUGAUAGUGAGGCGCGCCGGGACUGGGGAUGGCAGCACAAGUACGAUCUGGACAAGCUGGUCGACCUAAUGGUGCGCGAUGUCACCGAAAACUACAUCAAAAAGGCGCCAAACUGAGACUGAGCACUCGGUGUGGCAGGGUGGCGCACGUGCUCUGUUAUCGAGCGUUGCAAUAAAUUGGCAAAUAAAAUUGAUACAAAUGGA